GACGGAAUUUGACAGUCUUGUAUCGUGAUGUGUGUGAUGUGCGCGAAGACAUUUUUCUGCAAUCUAUUCCUCCCGGCGAGCGAUACAGUACCUUUUUUUUUGUUUGCCUUAUCGUCCAAGUGUGUCCUUGCGCGGAUCGCACACUGCACCGCCAAUGUCUAUAUCGCGCAAUGUCGCGAAUCUCAGCUGUCUCACAUACGUUCUGCAAACUUAUUCGAAUCGAUAUAAACCUAUUGGUUCCUCAGAAUAUUACUCAUAUUUUUUUCAUUUUUUGCGUUUACAACAUGAUAUCCAGUCAUUCUUCAAAAGCGUACCAAGUUCUUAGAUCUAAGUAAGAACGUCAAAGAUAGAUCUGUUGAUUUCUUAUCAGUUCCUGAUUAGCAAAAUUUAUCAAUUAUGAGUUCUGUACGUUGCUGCUUGAUUAGCGCAGGUCGCUUAGUGACUUCAAACCAUGUUACUAAUCAAGUACAUAAAAUUGCAAGAGUUGUGGCCAGUAGAACAUUUACAACUAGUAGCAGUUUAGCAAAAACUCCUUCAGAACCUAUACCACCUUCUAAAGAUGCUGUUUCAUCUGGUGGAUCCUCUUCUAGUAGUGGUUCUGGUGGCGGAAAGAAGAACGUGCUUACUUGUCCAAAAUGUGGUGACCCUUGUACACAUGUAGAAACAUUUGUAUCAUCUACAAGAUUUGUCAAAUGUGAAAAAUGUCAUCAUUUUUUCGUUGUAUUGUCUGAAAUUGACUCAAAAAGAAGUUUAAAAGAAGCACUUAGGCCAGAAGAUGGUAAACAAGGGUUCUAUAGAAAGCCACCUCCACCACCAAAAAAGAUAUUUGAGUAUUUAAACAGACAUGUUGUGGGUCAAGAAUAUGCCAAGAAAGUACUGAGCGUCGCUGUGUAUAAUCACUAUAAAAGAAUUUACAACAAUCUACCUGUACAAAACUCGCAAGUGCAGACUAACAUUAAUUCAGUUGGCACACAAGAAACAAAUCAUCCCUUCACUCACAGAGGUCCUAAGCCACAUUUAUUGCACAUAUCAGGAAUCGGAAAUCCAUUUCCAGGAGUUGGAUUUCAACAUACAAUUAAUCCGGGAAGUGAGCAAAAAUCAGUAAGUGGUCAGUCGGCCCCUGGUUCAGCUAUAUUAGAUAGCAAACAGCAUCAGCUGAAACUCGAGAAGAGCAAUAUACUGUUGCUCGGUCCUACGGGUUCUGGGAAAACAUUACUUGCGCAAACGAUAGCUCAAUGCCUAGAUGUCCCAUUCGCGAUCUGUGAUUGUACCACUCUUACACAAGCUGGUUAUGUCGGCGAAGAUAUAGAAAGUGUCAUAGCUAAACUUCUUCAAGAUGCUAACUAUGUGGUGGAUCGUGCUCAGAUGGGUAUUGUGUUUUUGGACGAGGUGGAUAAGAUAGGCGCCAUUCCUGGGAUUCAUCAGUUGCGUGAUGUGGGCGGAGAAGGUGUGCAGCAAGGAAUGCUGAAGAUGUUAGAAGGAACGAUCGUAAAUGUGCCGGAAAGAAAUAGCUCGAGAAAGUUGCGUGGAGAAAUGUUACAAGUUGACACGACGAAUAUUCUUUUCGUUGCGUCGGGUGCUUACAGCGGCUUGGACAGGCUGAUCGCACGACGCAAAUCGGAAAAAUAUCUUGGAUUUGGCGCGACGCCCGCGGCCGAGAAUCCGGGCAGAAGAGCGGCAACUUUGGCCGAUGUCGCCAACAUGUCACCUUCCACCGAAAGGGACAACAAAGAGAAGGACAUGCUGUUGCAACAGGUAGAGGCUAGAGAUCUCAUCGAUUUUGGCAUGAUUCCUGAAUUUGUCGGUAGAUUUCCCGUGCUUGUACCUUUUCAUACUCUCGACAGAGAUAUGUUAGCAAGAAUUCUCACCGAACCAAAAAAUGCCAUCAUUCCUCAAUACCAGAUGUUAUUUUCAAUGGAUAAGGUGGAAUUAACGUUUGACAUCGAUGCGUUGAAUGCAAUUGCUUGUUUGGCGAUGGAGAGAAAAACGGGAGCGCGAGGUCUACGAGCAAUAAUGGAGUCGUUACUCUUGGAACCUAUGUUCGAGGUACCAGGAAGCGAUAUAGUAUCAGUUCAUAUAACAGAACAGUGCGUAAAGGGCCACAAAAAACCGCAGUACGUGAAACGAGAUGACAGCAAUGAGGAUGAGAUUCAACAAGCGCAACAUGUACAUAAUUAACAAAAAAUUAAAGAAUAUUCUGGUAUAACCGUUUCUUUAUCACUAAAUGUAGAUAAACGUUAAAUUACAACAUUCGCAAAAAAUUUCUCUAUUUUAAUUAUAUUAUAAAAAAAUAUAGUCUCCUGCAUGUAUAGAGGUGUAUGUGUGGGUGGGUGCGUGCGUGCGUGUGUGUGUGUACAUGUGUCAUUCGCAUAGAAAAACUAAUACAAAAAACACGUGUGUAUGUAUAUAUAUAUAUAUAUAUAUAUAUGUACCUUGAGUAAUCUACUAGUAUAGAUGUUUUUCCUCACAUUGUUUAUUUCUUUGCUACAGCAAGUUUCUACUCAAUUUGAAUAGUUUCAUAUAACAUUUGAGCAUACUAUUUUCUACAAUUAAAUUAUAUAUGUACAUACAAUUUUUAAUGAUUAUCUUGUGUGAUACAAACUGCAGAAAGAAAUAUUCAAAAUAAUAGAAUAUCAAAACUUAAGUAUAUGAAUGCUAAUAUGUUUUAAAUUAUUACAAUUGACUUAAAUAUAAAAACAAAUUUAUAGUUAUAUAUUUAGCGCUUUGUUUAUUAUGCAUUACGACUAUAUUUUCUCAAAAAGUGUCCCAUAAGAAAUAAUUAAAUGUGAAAACGAAAGAAACAAAUUUUAUUUUUUUCUCAA